CGGUUGUCAUGACAACUUUGUGUAUGAGUGCAUGUCAAACGAGUGCAAGAGUGUUUGAGUUGUUUACGUGCUAAACAGACUUUAGCUAACUUAGUUUGCUAUUCUCGGAUAACAAUGUAGGUUGAACUGUUUACACUGGAAUAUAAUGGUAAGAGAAAACAGAAGUUAGUGAAUGGUGCUCGUUUCUUCGCGGUCCGGUUAGUUCGUGCGGAAACAAGUCGCCGCCUUGCUAGCAGAGAAGGCUAGAAUGGCUCGCUAGCCGACUGAGCCAAAGCAAUGUCAAGUUAUAACCUUCCCCCGGUGCGGCAUUUGCCACAGUGGACCCGGUUCGGGCGCCUCGGGAAGCCCCGCUCUCCACGGCGCUUACCGGCGAACCAACUGCAGCCGCUGCCUGUUGUGCCGCCUGUGGACAGAGGAGUGGAGAGAGUAGAGCUGUCCUGUCACAGCGACAUGGACCCCCGCGUCGUGUCGAUGCAGAGAGAUAUCGAGUUCCUUCAGAAGCAACACAAGGAAACACUUGAGAAGCUCCAUGCGGAGAUAGAGUAUCUCAGGCGGGAGAAUAAAGAGUUGCAGUAUAAGCUGAUAAUGGACCCUCCCAAGUCAAGUAGAAAAGGAAUAACACACAGUCGACGAGGCAUUAGACCACCCACUCAGGGAAGUGAAGCCCAUAUGGGGCUCUACCUGGAGGAGGAGCUGCAGGACAUCCAAAGCAAUGGAGAGGAAAUUCUGGGAUCUGCCAGGCAGGACCAUGGCUCUGAGGUGAAGGGGGGCCUCAUCACAUCAUUACAGCCUCUACGAAUUCACAGCAGUCCCUCCCAUCCACCCCGCGCUCCCACACUACAGGAGUGUGAGGUCAUCAUCCGGCAGCUCUACAAUGCUAACAGUUUACAGUCUCAGGAAAUUAUACGUGUGAAGGCUUUGCUGAGAGAUAUUGUUUUGAGCAAGAAAAUCACCCCAGAAAACUACAUUCUGACCAAGGCCUACCUUGUUGAUGGUACUCGCAAAACUUCAGAAGAAAAGAAAUUUCCAAAACUUGGUCUUCAAACAUUUCCAGAAAGGGGGUCUGGACCCUCUCAGUCUGGGGUGGUCCUCCCAGCCCUCAAACAGAGCCUCAGCUCCACCAUUGCAGAAAGACAGAGGAGGACCCGGGCUGUGCAGAGAGACCGUUUCAAAAGAAUGGUGCAGUGACAUGAUCAAAACUACCACAGCUUCACCUACAUCCAUCUCAGGACUUGGGCUUCUCUGGCUGUUCUGAAAAACCUUAAUCACAAAAACUGAGUGUACUCUAUGGAAUAAAUUCCAUAUGAAGUA